AUGCUAUUACUGAAGCAAUUGACUGGUAGGAGACUUAUACACACAGUGCCAAAAUUACCUAAUAACAGCCAAUUGAGUACAAAAGGCAUACCGAAAAUAUAUUCUUCGAAUGGAUUUAGCAUUGUAUGGAAUAAUUACCAGAAAUACCUAUGUGACAAGCUGACUAUGUACACAUCGGGAACAGCAAACGAAUCAUAUUUCCCGUUCCAUUUGAUCUUGAGAACUGCAAAGAAUCCCUUUGAAAGUCAUAUAUUCAACACAGCUUCUGCAUUGCACAAUAAUCACUUAUUUAUAGAGAAUAUUCUCCCCAGUGAAAAUGAGACAGGAGGACCAUCGACAUUACUGAACUCCCGCUUUAAGGAGUCAUUUGAAAUGGAGUGGGGUCAGGAAUUAAAGGAUAAUAUAGUUAAGCUAAUUGAAGAGAAAAUUAUUGGGCAAGGUUGGUUCUUCAUUAUUGAAAACAGUGAUAAGCAAUUAAACUUCCUUACAGUACAUAACAAUGGUACUCCAUACUAUUUCCCAAGAAAUCAAUCGAUAGAUUUGAGUAAUGCAAUAAGUUUUGAAGAAUUUAACGAUUUACAAACUAUAAAACAGGCUGUAAAGGAAGAUAAAGUUAAAGAUUGGAAUAUCCCAUUAGUGGCUAUUAAUCUAUGGGAUCACGCGUACUUACAUGACUACGGAGUUGAUAAAAGAUCAGAAUAUAUCCAGAACGUGCUGGACAACUUGAAUUGGGAUGUAAUUAAUAACAGAUUAUAUACACAGAUGGAUUAA